GUCUCAUAUCCUAAUCACUAAAAUUCCAAAGGUGAACCGAGGAUGAGUCUUGUGUAAUUCACGCUUAAAUUCUCUUUUUUUUUAAUUGCACUGUAAAUUGUCUCGAAAUACAGCGAAAAAAUAUUUGAAAACCAGCGGGGACGGAGGAGGCGAACCUACAUUUUCCUUCAGAGGGGAUAGAGAGAAAAAACUUGUGAGCUUAAUUCCUCGAGUGCUCAUGUUAGUGCUCAUUUUCUUGAUCCUCCGAUACAUAUACAUGUGGAACAAGGCAUUUUGAAGAAUUCUCUUGCGCAUCACAGAUUUGUGGCAUUAAUUUCUGAGCGUUCUAAUCUCCAGAGAAUAUAAGAUGGCCAGGGCUGGGAAAAGCUCUUCUGGAUCAGUCAAAAACAAACAGGCGUCCUCAAAUACGCCAUCAGAGAUAAGGCCCAAAUCUCCAAUGCAGAAAGUCGAUAAUUCUGGUACCAUAUCUGGAAGGAUGAGAGAAAGAAAACCACAAACACAUGCACAAACAAUCUCCUCAGUUCUUACUAAGAAAAGAAUAGGGGAAUCAUCUGAAUCAAGAAAUGUUUCCAUAACAGAGGAGCAAAAAUCUCUAAGCAAUAGUAAAAGGAUGAAUACUAAUACUGUAGCGGGGAAGUUAGUUAAAAGGUCUUUGCAGAAGGCUUCAAAAUUAAAUUUUAAAAAUGAGAGUCAGAAAAGACCAAGAAAAAGUUCUGCUUUGAGAUCUUUUGCUGCAGGAAAAUCUGAGCGCUCACAACAAAGAAAGACUAGAAGGUCAAAAUGGAAGAGUGAUUCUAAAAACACGAUAAAGGAAAAAGCUGAGGGAACAUGUAGUACAGAGGGGAUGAAAAGGAGACAGCAGAGAAGAAAGCAGAAAAAGAAGGCACAAAAUGUGCCCCUGGAUGAAGUGUUGCGUGUAAAUCGAAGGAUCAAAUAUCUCUUCAUCAAAUUGAAACUGGAGCAGACCCUUAUCGAUGCAUAUUCUGGCGAGGGAUGGAAAGGCCAGAGUCGGGAAAAAAUCAGGCCAGAGAAGGAGUUGCAGAGGGCUGAAAGCCAAAUUCUGAAAUGCAAGCUUGGAAUUCGUGAAGCUGUGCAUCAGCUUGAUCUACUAGGCUCAGAAGGACGUAUUGCUGAUGCUGUUGUUGAUCCAGAAGGACGUGUAUUUCAUGAACAUAUUUUUUGUGCAAAAUGCAAAACACAAGAUACUUUCCCAGACAAUGACAUAAUAUUAUGUGAUGGAGCUUGCAACCGUGGCUUUCAUCAAAACUGUCUGGAUCCACCUUUGGCUACUGAAAAUAUUCCUCCUGGAGAUCAGGGCUGGCUUUGUAAAGUCUGUGAGUGUAAGUUGGAGGCACUAGAAGCCAUCAAUGCUCAUUUGGGCACACAGUUCACAGUUGAAAAUAGCUGGGAGGAAAUUUUUGCCGAAGCAGCUAAAGUUGCUAAUGGGGAAAAUAUGCCUGUUGGAAUUGGUGAAGAAUGGCCAUCUGAUGACUCAGAAGACGAUGAUUAUGAUCCAGAGAAGCAAGAAAAUAGGAAUGAAACAGGCUACGAGAUUGAUACAAAUAAUUCCGAUUCAAGUGGAAGCUCAGAUUCGUCUGACACAAGUGACAAUGUAUCAGAAGCCUCCUUAAUAGAUGAUCUACAUGGAUACAUCUCUAAGGGAAAGAAGAGGUGCAGAUACACUGAUGAGGAAAAUGGAGAAGAUGCCCCAAUUUUUUUGGAUUCUGAUGUGAAUGGUGGUCCAGAAUUUUCGGUUUCAGGGAGAAGACAACGGAAAGAUGUUGAUUAUAAAAAGUUGAAUGAUGAAAUGUUUGGCAAAGAUGAAUCCAAUAAAGAUGAGCUCAGUGAAGAUGAAGACUGGGGGCCGAGCAGGAGAUCUAGAAAGGUAAAGCAGCCGGAUAUAGAUGCUGCAAAAGAUCCUCCUCCAGAAGUAAAAAACGACACUAGCAAAGGAGAGAAGAUUGGGGGAGUACAUGCAGCUGGUAGUAUGCACGAUAAAAAACGUAUCAUCAGACUGCCAGCUAAAGCAGUUGAGAAACUUCGUGAAGUUUUUUCGGAAAAUGAGCUACCUUCAAAGUCUUCUAAGGAAAACCUUUCGCAGCAGCUUGGUCUCACAUUUCGAAAGGUCCAUAUGUGGUUCAAAAAUGCACGAUACAUGGCUCUCAAGAAUAGAAAGGAAAUGCUCACCAGAGAUAAACAUGAUGAAACUAAGCAUUCAGGACAACGUGAUCUGGGGCCAAGGAAAAAUCUUUGGAAAGAGAAGAAAAGAGAGUCUGCAUGCCUUUUGCCUUCUAUUGGAGCAGACAUUGAUUCCAGAAAUAUGAAAAGAAAGCGUAGGAGAAAAGAUAUUAAGAGCUCCUUGGGAAUGCCUGUAAAGACUGAUGGCAAAAGAUCUAUGAGCAGACUGCCUGCUAACGCAGUUGCGAGGUUUCGUCAAGUAUUUGCUGAGAAUGAAUUACCCUCAAUGUCCUCUAAAUUGGCUUUAUCAAAGCAGUUUGAUAUCCCUUAUCGUCAGGUGCAUAUGUGGUUUAAAAAUGCUCGUUACAUGGCUUUGAAGAAGAAAAAGAUGAAAAAUUCAAAACUAGAUGCUCCUUACAUUUAUGAAAAUAGCAAAGAAUGCAUAUUAGAAAUUGAUUCUAUUACACAAAUCAGAAAGCCAGAUGAUGCUAGCAAUCCAUACUUGAUAGAGAUGGAAAAAAUGGGAAAGAUUGAGGUGAAACUUGAAAACCUAAGAAAUAUUUUGGAAGCGAUGUGUACUAAAGAAGAUCCUCAUAUCUUAAAGGAUAAAGCUCAAGAAAGCAGUGCCAACAAUUUCAACAGUGAGCUCGUAAUGUAUGUACCAGUGGCAGAGCUGAAAGAGAAGAUCCUACAGGUUGCUCUUGUCAGAUGGAGUGUCUUGAUUGCUUCAGAAAAAGAAGGAUGCCUCAUACAAGUCCCAUAUUUUGGAACCCUAGGGAUGUGUCUCCAUGGGACACCAUAUCACCAAUGACUGGCUUCUUUUGGAGAGGUAAGAGAAGACAUGAUAGUGCUUUUGGGCACAAUGAAUUGUUUCAAAACUUUGUAAGUAGCAAGGUUAUGUUAGCAUUUUAACACAAAACAAAAUUUUAAGCAACCACUUGUACUUGGAAUUGGAUUCAACAUAACAGACUCAGCUCAUCGAUUUGAAAGAAUCGAUACAAAGCUGCAACCCUUACAUUUCAUUAAAAUUUGUAAUACCAUGCUUGAAUUUUCCGUUGAAACAUUUAGAUAUACUUAACACACACAUGAUCACACAAAAGACUGAUAAUAAUAAUCUCAGCAGCAUAUGUAAAAAAACCAUUUGAAACACAAAACUUGGAAUUGGAUCAACAUACCAGAUUCAGCUCA